GCCCAAUAGCCGAAAUUUGGCAUUUUCAACUGCCGCUGUGGCCUAAACAUGCUAGCGCUGAUUUACAAGCUUCUGUAGGAUCACCUAUAGUGCUAUAGUGGGGUAUAGGAAUCCACAUCAGCUAUUUGUGUUAAACGGAAAAGCGCAACAAAGGCCAUGACAGCACAAUUACGAUUCAUAAACCUCCUUUGAUACUCGCGGAGAACAGAAGAAGGAACACAGUCGCGUUCACCGAAGCAAGGCCUUCAAGUGUGCGUGAUGGAACUCUAAUUCCCUCACAUGAGUGUCUGGGGAUCACUUGAGCCAAAUCUAAGUCCAGAAUCAAUCUCUUAGACAAAUCAAGGAUCGGUGAGACUUAUAUAAAGGGAGGGACAAAUGCGUUUCCCUCGAAAUGUAAGAUAUUUUUGGGGUGCUCAUAUAGCUCGUCACAAUGGUCAACUUCCUCCAAACCGCCCUCCUAGCUCUCGUCGCCAGCAAUUCUGUGAUAGCCCUACCGAAUCUGAUCAGUUAUCCGCUCCCCAAGCCGGACCCAAUUCAUGGAACUUCCAAGUACCAGCGACGAGGCUUGACGCUCGAGGGGAGAGCCACACGGGAAACCUAUGCAAACGAGGCAGUUUCAGGCAUUAUAGCUUUAAAUCAGUGGUAUGGAGACAAUGGUCUCUGGGAUAACCACUGGUGGAACAGCGCCAAUGUUAUCACCAUGCUUGCCGACUUUCAAGCAUUUGCCCCCGAUCAGGUCAGCGGCUACACAGCCGGUGUCUACCAAAAGACGUUGGCAAAUGCUCCAUCGUGGGGUGCGUUCACUGGAUUUAUCAACGACUACUAUGAUGAUGAGUUGUGGUGGUGUCUUGCUUGGAUUCAAGUCUUCGAUGUAACGAAGGAGCAGAAGUAUCUCGACAUGGCAUCGUCGAUCUUUGAAGACGCUAAGAAGGCUUGGGGCCAACCUGCUUGCGGCGGUCUGUAUUGGAAAAAGGGUGACCCGGCGGUCAAUGCUAUCGAGAAUGAGCUCUACCUCACCGCAGCCGCCAAACUUGCAAACCGCAAGCCCAGCUCGCCUUCGGGAGGUUACUACUUCAACGAGGCGAUCAAGGCUUAUGAAUGGUUUUUCAACUCAGGCAUGAUCAACGGCGAGUUCCUCAUCAAUGAUGGCCUGACUGCAGAUUGUAAAAACAACGGCGCUACAACCUGGUCUUACAACCAAGGUGUCAUUCUUGGUGGCCUUACUGAGCUCACUUGGUCGACUGGCGACGCUAAAUACACAACCCUCGCGAUCAACAUCGCCACAGCAGCAAUCACGAAACUGACGAACGCAGAUGGCAUCUUAACUGACGCAUGCGGGACCUGCGGAGGCGAUGGCGGCCAAUUUAAAGGGGUGCUUGCCCGCAACGUCCAGUUCAUGUACAACCGUGCCAACGGGCUCACGGAUGCUACCAAGGCGCAGUUCAAGGCCUUCUUACAGUUGAACGCCGACACGGUGUGGGAGAAAGAUCAAGAAGGAAACUUCCUCGGCCCCGUCUGGUCCGGGCCAUAUAUACAGGCGGAUGUAAACUCCCAGAGCUCAGCGUUGGAUCUUCUAGUUGCUGCAGCCGGAGUGUCAUAGGUUACGUUUGCGGCGGAAGUGUCCACUGCCUCUGGCUGAUGAAUUUUGGAUGAUUGGCCUUUGGCAAUUCCGAGUGUAAAUAUGGAUCUGAACGAAUUUACGAAUAUAUAGUAAGGAAGCGAUCACCCGGGCGAAGCGAUCACCGAACUUCCCACCUAAAAUUGAGAAAUUUUCAAGAUAAUAACUCAACAACUUCAUAAUAUAUUCUAAAAAUGUGUGUGUAUCCUUAUAUAUACACGUAGAUUCCUUUAUUUUAAGCUUUAAAGCAAUAGACUACUCGGUGUUCCAC